AUGGAAGAAACGUGGGCGGUGUCGGAAUCUCAGUCGGCGGAACGAACAUCCGGUCGACUCACCGAGGAACUAGGCCCGCUGCUGGCCAUUCUCGGCCUACGCAUCGACAAGCACACCACCGUCAGCAUUAUUUACUGCUAUGCGCCAACGUCAACAGCAAUCGACGGAGAAAAGAACUCCUUUCAUAAGGAACUGGAGAAGAUUUCAAAGAUUGAGCGUUCAUACUACAAGUACGUUGUUGGAGACUUCAACGCAAUCAUUCACGAAGAAAGACCGGCGACAGCACGCACUGAACCACCUGGAAUCGGAGAGACGGAGGAAAACGGAGAGCCAUUUUUCUGUGAGGCUUUGGGUGACAGGCGAAUUAAAGAGCAUAUUUCAGGGUUGAGCAUUGCUAGCUGUUUCAUAUGCCACGAAUCAGAUGCGAACAUAGUUGUGAAAAAGGAAGCGUCCGAUAAUGUUAGACUAAACACGAUUGAGAAGGCAAUAAAAGACGAAAAUGAGGAGAUGCCGACUUCGCCAUGUGUCGGGGCAGUCACAGAAUCUGUGCCAACCAGAAAUCUUUUAUGGAUUCUAGAAGUUUGGCAGCAUGUCCGCUGUCUACGUCUAUCAUAUCUGCUCGCUCUUGAGUGGCCAUACCUAUUAGCCUUCAUUCUUCAUGAAUCCUCUUUGCGGUUGGGAUGUGACGUCAAUGAAAGCCAGACUAUCAAAACGACAAGCCCGGUUGCGAGCGUGCUGCUACAAAUUCUGCAUCCAUGA